UCCGCUGCUUGCCGCCGCUACGGCCUUGCCCGAGCGCCAAAGCUCGUGGAGAUGAUCGCGGCGUUGCCAGAGAAUGAGCGCGAUCUCGUCCUGCCCAGGCUCAAGGCCAAGCCUGUGCGCACUGCCUCUGGGAUUGCCGCAUCGGUGCCCACACAUUGUCACGACUGGGAAUAUCUGUGUCUACUGCCAGGGAGGCCCAGAUUCGGACUUCGAAUAUAGCACACAGUCCUACACUGGGUAUGAACCAACGAGCAUGAGAGCAAUUCGAGCAAGGCUCGAGGUCGAGUGGAUCAACUCAGGCGUCUGGGCCAUAUCGUGGAUAAGGUUGAAUAUAUCCUUAUGGGAGGUACUUUCAUGUCUUUGCCAGCAGACUACCGCGACUAUGUUAUCCGGAAUCUCCAUGACGCUCUGUCUGGUCACACUUCUCGAGAUGUGGAGGAAGCCGUGAGAUACUCAGAGCAUGCUGCCAUCAAGUGCAUUGGACUGACCAUUGAGACGCGUCCCGACUACUGUCUGUCUCCUCACUUGCGCCAGAUGUUGUCUUAUGGCUGUGCGCGGCUUGAGAUUGGGGUGCAGAGCACGUACGAAGAUGUCGCUCGAGAUACUAACCGGGGCCAUACGGUUGCUGCUGUUGCCGACUGCUUUUGCCUUGCCAAGGACGCUGGCUUUAAGGUGGUUGCUCAUAUGAUGCCUAACCUUCCAAACGUCGAUAUGGAACGGGACAUGGAAAGCUUCCGCGAGUUUUUUGAAAAUCCUUCCUUUCGAGCGGACGGCCUCAAAAUCUAUCCAACGCUGGUUAUUCGAGGGACAGGUUUGUACGACCUAUGGAAGUCUGGAAGGUUAGUGUAUUUGCUGGUCUUUUCUCCGAGACAAAACUGAUGUGCAUCCUGAUUGCUACAGGUACAAGAACUAUCCACCUGAACAACUCGUCAAUCUGGUUGAGAAUCUCAAUCGCUUUCUUUGCAAUCGUUUUGAUUGCAAA